UUGUUCUGUGUUCUGAAAGUGAAACCUUGAGCAAAGGAGAAGUCGGUGUAAUCAGGUGAACAUGUUGAAGGCAAAGAAACUCCUUCAUCCCCCCGAAGGAGGGUUCAGCUUUGAGAACUGCACCAGGAACACUGAGUUGGAGGGAAACCUACAGAAGGUGGGCUUCAACCCUCCAAAACCAAAGAAGACAGGGACUACCAUCGCUGGCGCCAUCUUCAAGGAUGGGGUGAUUUUGGGAGCUGAUACCCGGGCCACAGAUGACAUGGUCGUGGCGGCAAAGAAUUGCAUCAAGAUACACCAUAUCGCUUCAAACAUUUACUGUUGUGGGGCAGGAGUGGCAGCUGACGCUGACAUCACAAUGAAUUUGAUCUCGUCCAACAUCCAGCUCCACAGCCUGUCGACUGGGCGCCAGCCUCGAGUUGCCACCGUUAACCGGAUGCUGAAACAGAUGCUGUUCAGGUACCAGGGGCACAUUGGACUGUCAGUGAUAGUAGGGGGCGUGGACUGCACAGGGUCCCACCUGUACGCUGUGUAUCCUCAUGGUUCCACAGACACACUGCCCUUCGCCGCCAUGGGCUCUGGCUCAGGGGCUGCCAUGGCUAUUUUAGAGGAUCAGUACAAGCCAAACAUGGAGGAGGAAGAAGCCAAGCAGAUGGUCCGCGAGGCCAUUUUGGCCGGGAUAUUCUGUGACCUCGGCUCUGGGAGUAACGUUGAUCUCUGUGUCAUCACCAAGAACAAGGCUGAGUUUCUCCGUGCAUUUGAUUGCCCCAGCAAAAAGGGGGAGAAGAAGGGCGUGUACCGUUACAAACCGGGCACCACUGCUGUGCUUUCGGAAUCAGUCACUCAUCUCAAAGCUGAGCUGGUGGAGGAGGCUGUACAGCGGAUGGAUACCGAGUAACGAGUGGCAUCCCAUCCACCUUCCAGGAUCCAAUGGGAGGAUUGUGACAAUGUAUUUCUCUUGGAAGCAGAUGCAUUUAAUGUUUGGCUGUAGAUUUUCUUACCCCCGCCACACACACGAUCACAGAUAGUUUCCCAAUCAAUUUUAUCAUAGUAGUUUCUUUACUUAGAAAAUCAGAUCGAGUUAACUUGCACAAUUCCUGCAGGACUAGGGGCCUAAUGAAAUUGUGGAUUCUGCAACAUCAGCCUUCUACCAUAAAGGGCUGAUCAUCCAGUCUUUUCUCAUUAUCGGGGUCUCUGACCUCCCACCUGGUCAGCUCCAGGCCUCCCUUCUUGUUGCUCUAGUGGUCUCGUUUACUUGGCUAAUCCCUGAGUCUCUCACUCAGGCCUACACCAGGAUCAUGGACUCCUCUUGGGACUUCUGAUUUCCUUCUGGGCCAGUCCCACUCACCUUCUUGGCCAACGCCAGGACCUUUGCUCUCCCUCCAGGCCAAUCCUGAUGUCCCUGGCCAUCUCCUCGGCCAAUGCUGAGUCUCUAACCUCCAACUCAGCUGCUCUGGGAGUCUCUGACCUCCCUCGCGGAGUUUCUGCCCACUCACUCAGGCCCAGACGCAAUCACCUCUGCCCUGAUCCCGCAAAGCGAACCAGUUACGAGCCUGGAUUUGAGCGAUGGAUUGCGGUUCAACAAGGGUGGUGCACUGAAGAAUAAACAAUUAAUACUGGGGCUAAACAUUCAUGGGCAUAAUUUAAUUGCAUGGUUCAGGUGUUUUAAAAGAAACAAAAAUGUUUCCUCGACUGCUUUUUAUAAAUUAUAAUGCCCAAUAAAAUUAAAUUUACUCUCCUGCAAUUUUAUCAUGCCUCACUUGCAUCUGAACCGCAGUGUUCUCAGCUUCAUCCCCAGACUUAGGUCAGGUCUCCAUGUCCAAGCAAAGGGGUGACAUGGCUGCUAAUCUUUGCCUGACAAGCAUUGGAAGAGGAGCAGGUCCACAGGUGUAAAAUACACAGCUUUUAUUGAAGGGAAGAUAAAACAAUCUGCGAUGCCU